UUUGUCUCCGUCGCUUCUUUUUGCUAGUAUGAUUUUAUUUUAGUACAAAAUAUUGGUAGGAAGCAUUCGUGUGUGAACGAUGUUUCAAAUACAAUUAAAGUACGUGAAUCUUUAGUGUACCAUUUGGUCUUAAAACAAAAUAAUAUAAGAUGAUAUUAAUACUAGGAACAGCUAGCUCUUCUAGGUCUAUUAAUAUGGUAUUCUAUUCUUAAACCCAUGCAGUAUUGGAAGAGGCUUGGCGUUCUUCAAACUAAUCCAAUCCCCCUUUUUGGUGAUAGUUGGAGAAUAUUAUUUCGGACUAUGAGUAAUAAGAAAUUUGCUGAAUAUAUUUACAAUUUAUAUCCCCAGGAAAGGGUUGUAGGAUCCUAUAACUUUAGCGUGCCAACCUUAUUCCUCAGAGAUCCAGAGAUAAUUAAGCAAAUCGGUAUUAAGGAUUUUGAACAUUUUGUUGAUCAUGCACCCUUAAUUGAUCCAGAAGCAGACCCUUUGUGGUCAAGAAAUCUUUUAUCACUCAGUGGUGACAAAUGGAGAGAGAUGAGGCGUCUAUUAAGUCCUACAUUUACAAGUAGCAAAAUAAAGUCCAUAUACCUUACAAUAGAAGAGGCUGCACGUAAUUUUGUUACAUAUUUUAAGGAAAAACAAGAAGAGGGUAUUAUUGAGUUAGAAGUAAAAGAUCUUUUUACCAGAUUUACCAAUGAUAUUAUUGCAACCACAGCAUUUGGGAUACAAGUGGAUUCACUAAGAGAGUCCAAUAAUACUUUUUACUUAAUGGGUAAAAAAAUGACCGAUGUUACAGGUUUUUCAAAUAUCUUCCGGUUCUUUAUGGGACAAAUUUUUCCUAAACUUGCUAAAGCAUGUGGAAUUCGAAUCAUCGACGCCAAGAGCGCAGAAUAUUUCGCAAAAGUCAUAGAUGACACCCUCAAGCAAAGGGAAAAGAAUAACAUAAAAAGGCAGGACAUGAUUGACGGUCUUCUUGAAGGAAGAAAGAAACAAGCAAGUACAAAUAGCAAGGGUAAUCAAAUAACAAACUUAGACAUAACUGCCCAGGCUUUUAUAUUUUUCUUUGGUGGAUUUGAAACGAUAGCCACUGUCAUGUCCUUUGGAGCUUAUGAACUAGCAAUAAAUAAAUAUGUUCAAGAUAAACUUCGUGAAGAAAUAAAAGCUAACGUAUCAAGUGAUGGUAAAGUGAGCUACGAAACCCUGCAGGAAAUGAAGUACAUGGAUAUGGUGGUAUCUGAAAUUCUUAUAAAAUGGCCACCUUUUCCAAUAACCGAUCGCAUUUGUACCAAACCAUACACAAUUAAAGCUUUAGAUAAAAACUCAAACGAUAUUCCGAUAUUACUUCACCAGAAACUACAAAUACCGACAAGUGCAAUACAAAAUGACCCAAAGUAUUUUCCAAAUCCAGAAAAAUUUGACCCUGAAAGGUUUUCAGAAGAAAAUGUGAAAAAUAUUGUACCUUACUCAUAUUUGCCCUUUGGUAUUGGUCCCAGAAUUUGUAUAGGAAAUCGCUUGUCACUUACAGAAGUAAAAUUAAUGUUUUUCUAUCUUCUUUUAAAUUGUGAGAUAGUUCCAGUCCAGAAAACUAUAACGCCACCAAUACUCACCAAAGAUUUAUUCGUGUCAAUUAAAGGUGGAACAUGGCUUGGAAUUAAGUAUUUAAAAUAGAUUAAUAGAUAUCAUAAUAUUGUGUAUUACAAAGAAAAUUAAUGUAUGUUUUUAACUAGAAAAUAAAAAUUAAAACUGUUAAUUUUAUAUGAGCGAGCCCAAUACUAACCUAAAGCUAUAGAAUUUUAUUUUCUAGUGCCUUUUUAGCUUUACUUAACCCAGAUACCCUGAAACUCUUAACGUUUGUUUUUUGUUAUAUACUUUUGUAAAUCUACUUAUUGGGUUAAAAUAAACAUAUUUUUCUUGUAAAAUUUUUUAGUUCCGCUUUUAGGUUUUUCUGUAAAAGCCGUCGGUUUAAACAUACAGUAGCAAUAUAAGGUACUAAAACUCAAUUAUUCUUAUAAACUUAUAAACCUUUAUUUAGAAACGAGAUUUUUUUUAACGAAUAAUAAUUGAUUAGUUUUUAGUAUGGUAACUUAAAAAACACAUUUUUGGAUGAAGUGCAACAUCACACUUCUGGCAUCUGAAUGCUGCUUGUUUGUGGCAAAAUGCGCAGCAGGUUUGCUUUUCCUGAUAAUUCACAAGAUGAUCCAUCCGAUCAUAUCUGGACUCAUAAUGCAGGUAUUUGCCUGGUUUAGAUGGCCCCCGUUUUGUUCCUUUCUUAUAUGUUUCUAAUAAUGCCGCAGCAAUACACCUCCUAAACUGCAAAUGGUCCAUUUUUUCGCCAGAAUGUUUAUGAAGUUGCCAUGCAUUUUGUUCUGCCAUAUCCAAAGCAUGUGAAAACAAGCAAAAAUACGACUUCUUUCCUCUGAUUCAUACGCGGUAAAGGCUUAUAUUUUGGUCAGCCCUAUCAACACCGCCCAUGUUUUCGUUAUCAUUUUCUUUUCUUUCUGAGAGAAGCGUUUGACUUGUUGUGUUGGAAAAGGAGAUGUUACAUUUGAGGCGAUUGUAACAACACUAUUGUCAUUCCAUUUACAUACAGUAUUAUUUUGGAUCUCCUCUAAAAGAUAAUUAAAACUACCACGGGAUUUUUUCUUGAACAUACUGGAUUUUUCAAGCGGGCAAUCUGAUAGUCUGUUUUCUCGCAGAGUUCCUGUACAUUUGAGCCCCCUGGAGGUCAGCUCAGCCAACAGACGUAAUGACGUAAAAAAAUUGUCACAAAAGAUAUGGAAAGGAGCUUUGUCACAUUGAGACUGAAUAAUAUCAGCAAACUGAAGUACAACACUAGCCCCUAAGCCAAGAGGACGAUAUUUUUCAGAAAUAAUAGUUGUGGACCCUUGAUACGGCUCAAACCAUUCAAUGUACCCCUUUUUAGUUGUUCUCACCCAUACCUUAUAACCCCAACGAAUGGGCUUUCCUCGGAUGAACUGUUUUGAUCCAUGACCGCCGUAAUAGGGUACCAUCGACUCGUCUACGCUAUGGCACUCUUCAAUGGGGUGCAAAUGACUGAAAUUUCUCAUUCAGAGUAGAAAACAAAGGCCUCAGUUUCGAAAACUUAUCGGUAUUUUCAAGAUUGUUGUUAUCAUUCAGGUGCAAAUUCUGCAUUAUAAAACUAAAGCGAUCUCGAGAAAUCGCCGAAUAGACUAACUUAUUUCCUGCGUCACUGUUAUUUUCCCAAUACAUUGACCGUCGAGGAAAUGAGUUGUAUCCAGAGAGCAGUAAAACACCAACGAAACAUUUUAUUUCGCUGGAAUGUAUAUCACCUUGGCUAUUAUGCUGAAUAGCAUACAAAUUGGAAUAUUUUACAACCAAGCCAAUAAUUUCGUCAUCUAUAAACUGAAAAAAUAGUUCUAAAGAAGAAAAAGAAUUUUUUGGACCACUUGCGUUUACUUAUUCUGGAAAAUCUUGGUUGCUGUCACCUUUUUUCCAAGAGUAAUUUGGUUUUGAGGUCGAUAAUUUUGGUCGUUUUUUCGUAAGAAAGGUAGACAAAGGUAGGUCAUCGUCGCUGUCAAAAUCACUCUUAACUGUAGUUUGGUUAGAUCCCUUGUUUUCAAAUAUUACAUCAACUUCAGUCAUCAGCUAACUUCCAGAGAGGUUGUUUAUAUCCACUUCAUUUUCGUCGCCGGAAUCUUCAUCAGUGUUAUAUUCAUUUGCGUUAACUGGCGGUAGAACGACAAUACCAUCAGGAAUCAACUCAUUGUCAUCAAGGUUUUCAAUUUCUGCCAUGAGUUCAUGAAGUUUCAAGAGCCGCUUCCAAUAACUGCAAAUAUAAGGAAAAAAAUCGAAUAAUACCGGAUUUUAUUACUGUCCGUUAUAAAGGACAUCGGUAUUUCAGCUUAUAUUUUUGCCGGUGAGAUGAAAAUGUUUAACUUAUUUGUUUACAAGUAUAAGGUUGAUGUUUUCUAAAAUUACCUAUUCACAAGAUGGAAAAAUAAUAUGAAUAGUUUAUCAGUAUAUUUACCUAUAAUUAUCCACUGUUUAUAAGAAACUAAGCACCUGUUAUUCCAAACACUUUCUCGCAUACAGAACUCUCCCUUUAAGAGGUUAGAAAAUAAAAUUUUGCUAAAAGACGCGUUUCUAACAACGAAUAACCUAACGCGGAGUGACAGAGUUUCAAAUCUGCAGCGAACUAUUAGGUGAUUGUUAUAACGGACGGUAGGGGUAUCUGGGUUAAGAUUUGCAAAUGUCUAUUU